AUGGUUUUGCACAACCCCAAUAAUUGGCACUGGGUCAACAAGGACGUGUCUGUCUGGGCCAGAGAGUGGUUCGAUGAGAAUCUUCUGAAACUACAAGCCGAGAAUGGAGAGGUCAACGCCAAAAUUAGCAAGAUUCAGUCCAUGGACGGCGACGUUGAUGUCAGCCAGCGCAAAGGCAAGGUUAUCACCAUUUUCGAUGUGAAGCUUGUCCUUGAGUACUCUGGCUCCGCCCCGGACGCUGAUGACGUCUCCGGUACCAUCACCGUACCUGAAAUUGCCCACGAUACCGAAGAAGAUGAGUAUGUUUUUGACGUCGACAUUUUCGCCGAAUCGAAAGAAAAGCAACCCGUCAAGGAUCUCGUGCGUACGAAGCUAGUUCCCGAGCUCCGUAAGAUAUUCCAGAAGCUUGCACCUGCUCUCAUCGACGAGCAUGGCAGAGAUAUCCAGCAUACUGCCGGUUCCAACCCUUCCAGCGGCUUCUCCACACCAAAACUGUACAACCAGCCAAGUAGUGAGACCAAGUCGACCCCCGCUACUGCCACAAAGACUAGCCCUGGAGGUGUCGUGAACACAACGACCGUCACCGACAACGAGGAAUUUCGUACGACUGCCGAGGAGCUGUAUCAGACCUUUAUCGAUCCCCAGCGCAUUGCUGCCUUCACUCGUUCGCCUCCCAAGAUCUUUGAAGGCGCCAAAGUGGGCGGCAAGUUUGAGCUCUUCGGCGGGAACGUCUCCGGCGAAUUCGUCGAGCUCGAAAAGAACACAAAGGUUGUGCAAAAGUGGCGACUGGCUCAGUGGCCCGCCGCUCAUUUUUCAACGCUCAAGAUUGAGUUUGACCAGAAUGAUGUUGACCACGUUACCGUCAUGAGAGUCACCUGGGAUGGUGUUCCUGUUGGUCAGGAGGAGGUUACCAAGCGAAACUGGCUUGAGUACUACGUCAAGAGUAUCAAGACCACUUUUGGUUUUGGCACCAUUCUGUAA